UAACCACAGUCGGUAAUGUCGCGGUAGCGCGACGACGUAUUCCAAAUUCUAAUUCGAAUUUCUAUUUUUAAAUUCGAAUUGAAGUUCCUUUUGACAUUACAAAGGAGGUUUAAGUUUGUUUUUUAUGGAAUAAAGAGGUUAAGAACUCUUUGUUGGAAAAGUGACAGUUGAACAAAAUGGCGCGAAGGGAAAUUCUGUUAUUUUUCGUUGUUUGCGCCAUGGCGUCGGUUUUGGACGGCCAGACCUUGGGAGGUCCAAUGCACGACAAGGCGGUGGUCUGCUACGUAGCCUCCUGGGCAGCGUACCGUCCUGGCAACGGGGCGUUCACAAUUGAAAACCUGGAGCCUUCCCUGUGCACCCACUUGGUGUACUCCUUCGCUGGAUUGGACAAUGAGAAAGGCACCAUAAAGAGCUUAGAUGCAUGGCAAGACCUGGAAGUAGAUUACGGCAAAGCAGGCUACAAGCGUCUGGUAGGCCUGAAGAAGCGGUACCCACACUUGAAGGUCACCAUCGCCAUCGGAGGCUGGAACGAGGGCUCGGCCAAGUACUCCACCAUGGCUGCUACAAGGGAGUCCAGGCAGAAGUUUAUUGACAGCGUUAUGGUGUUCUUAGACCAGUACAAAUUCGACGGUCUUGACUUGGAUUGGGAGUACCCAGCUCGCAGAGACGGCAGGCCUGAGGACAAGGCUAACUACGUGGCGCUUGUAAAGGAGCUGAGCGAAGCCUUCAAGCCUCGAGGGUACAUCCUAACAGCAGCUCUUGGAGCGGGCAAGGACACCAUGGACGCUGCAUACGACCUGCCCAAGCUGAGCCGUUACCUGGACUUGUUGCACAUGAUGUGCUAUGACUACCAUGGGACAUGGGACGGGACAGUUGGAGCUAAUGCUCCUUUAAGGGGCACUGCUGAAGAAGAUGUCCUUAGUGUGGAAUACACAAUCAAGUACAUGAUCGAGCACGGAGUGAGCCCUUACAAGUUGGUGCUCGGUCUGCCGAUGUACGGACGAACCUUCCUGCUGAAGGAUGCCGCGACUCGAACCAUCGAGUUCGGGAAGACGCCAGCGCAAGCAACUGGGUUCAAGGGACCUUUCACGGGAGAAGCUGGUUUCAUGGGAUUUAAUGAGAUCUGUCAAGAGAUCUCCAACACGUCCUCCAAGUGGACGCACCACUGGCACGACCAGUCCUCCACGCCCUACCUCCGGGAUGGGGAAAGGAUCAUUACCUACGACAACGCCAGGUCCAUCGCUAUCAAAGUCAAAAUGGCCAACGACUACGGCCUGGGCGGUCUCAUGGUGUGGAGCAUAGACACCGACGACUUCAAAGGCAUCUGCGAGAAAGAGACCGACGCGUACGUCGACUUCGUGGACCGCUACAACCAAAUUAAAGACGAUCCUGUCAUGACUGAGGCCUUGAAGACCCUAAACCUUGCUGAUGCAAGCCGAAUCAGCAAGAGAACUCACUACUCCGUUUCCAACGGGCAACUGCACCUUCGUCUACCAGAAUCCCAGUACACCAACUACCCUCUCAUGGAGACCAUAAACGACGCCGCCAUGUUGGCUAUGGAAGAGAAGAGGAUCAUGGAUGAGAUGGACAGGAUUACGAAGGAGAACGAGAUAGAUGAUGAUAAGACGAAGCCGGGAGCUGGAAGUAGAAUGGCGAGUUCCAUGGCUGUGAUUUUAUGUUGUUUGUUGGCUUGGUUUUAGAUAUUCUAGGUGAGUUUUUUGUUCUGGCAGAUCUAUAUUGUUCUGGCUGAUCUAUGUAUGUUGUUCUGGCUGAUCUUUAUUGUUCUGGCGAAUCUAUAUUGUUCUGGCUGGAAUUAUAGAAAUUCUGGCAAAAUUAAUAAGGUUCUGGCAAAUUUAAAAAUUUUGGCAGAAUAAUUCUAGCUGAGUGUUGGUUUAUUCUGGCUGUUUCUGUCUGACGCCCGUAUUCACAAAAGAUACUUGCUUAUGUAAAGCAUCAAAUCAAACGCACAGCGUUAAAUAAAGCUCUGUGAUUGGUUCGUGUGUCACCCUGUGCGUCCACGCGCACUGUGA